CGAGAGUCUUCCCCAUCUCCCUGACCCUCAAACACGUCGCCGCUGCAACCCACUCGAAUGCGACAAUCACAAAUAUAUACAUCACAAGUCCGAUACACUACAUUCUUUGUCACACCUCAAGAGUGACUACCGAGAAAUUAUCAGAAUCACAGGUCUGAGAAACUAUUUCAAUCGCACGACUGAGAAACUCCCUGAAUCACAGGUUCGUCCGACAAACACCGAGUCGCAGGUUCGUCCGAGAAACACCGAAUCGCAGGUCCGACUGAGAAACACUGAAUCGCAGAUUCGUCCGAGAAACACCGAAUCGCAGGUCCGAGACGACUCAGGCGACGACGGAGGAAACGACGCAACUUGAGAAAGAAGCAGAGAGUAACGACUCAGGCGAUGCAAACCUCAGAAUCUGUGACGGAGAAGACGACUCAGACGACGGAGGAAGAACUUCGAAGGAUCGAGACUCUGAAGAGGAGGAGGCAAGAAGAUGUGAAUGUGGACACAGAUGGGAUGUCAGGACAAAAUCCAGCUAUCUCGUGGCUGAUUCACAAUCCGGGAAUCUCAGUUCACUGGUCCGUUGCUGAGCAGAAAUCGUUGGAGGAUCUCAUCGCCAGAUACUUCUCUCCACAUGAUACCUAUACAGACGAUGAGAAAGUUUAUAUGUAUGCUGCAAUUGGUCGUCACUUUAGAGACAAGACAGUAAGAGAUGUGGCACUGCGCCAUAGAUGGAUGAUGGAGAAACGCGUUUUAGGAGAUAAAGGCGAUUCAACACUAAUCAGUUCUCAUGCCUGUGGAACAAGUUCCACUUUCCAAUUAGACGCUAAUGAUCCGGUAUGGAAGACUUUUGCCAGAAUUUCUCAAAUGCAAAAUGAAAUAGAUGUGAAUCUCCGCAGUUCAAAGCCCGGAGCCAACAUCAGUCUCAUGUGCAAAGUUAGCAUGCUGAUUUCAUCGAUCCAUGGCGUUUCUAAUGGAGUUGCGGGGCAAACAAAGGUGACGCUUCCUGUUCCGUGCCUCAAGGAAGAGAUCUUAGACACACUCCUUGCAUUCUUGCCUUUCAAUAACACUAAUGAGGCCUAUGAUCCAGAAGAAGUAGAUGGAUUCUUCCGAAUAACGAAUUCUUGAACUUAAAUUUUUUAAUGUAGUUGUUUAUUUUUUGAUUGGGAUAUCUAGAAUACGGAAGAUUUUUGUUAUGCUUUUCAGUUUUUGCGCUCACAUGAUUUAUCUGAUGUAUAGAUUUAGAGAUUGAACCUUUUUAAAUAUUUAUUUGAUUCUAAUGUCU